AUGGCUCCCAUCAAAAACAUCAAGACCAGAGAGACCUCCAGAGAUAUCCUCAGCGCCUCAAGCAGGCCAACUCUGAGUGGCCAGGCUGGGCCACGCGUGAUCAAGAACAAGGCCAAGGAUCUCGCACGCCAUGGGGCACAACCCUGGGAUGACAACCUGCGACAGCAGCUGGUCGACUACCAUGCCUUCUUCCCGACCUGGGAUGGAGUGGCCAACAUGCUGUACCGAAGCAAUCAAGCAAUCAGGCUUGAAUGGAAGAGGAUGUUGGCCGGUGACCGUGAUCAGGGGAAUGGAGGUCAGUGGGAGCGAAAGGCUAAGGCCUGUAAAGCGCAGCGGAAAAUCGAUUUCCCUUCGAGGAGGUCGAGAGUCAGCAACACCGCCGCGAUAGCUCCUGCUGCCGGCAGGACCGUACAAGACAGCUCUGUGACACCCCACAGCGCUGUGUCAACAAGCAGGAGCCCGGAGAGCAGCAGCAACACAACAUUGAGCAGAAGCCCCGAGCCGAGGAACGGAAGCAACACUGUGUCGGUCGGCAAACGUUCGGCAAUGACCAGCGACAGUGACUCUGCUUCGAGUCAGAAUGCACCCUGCGAUAGGCCAGUUUUUAAAAGACCGAGUACCACAAUGAUGGUGCUAGACGACCCCUUCCGAAGCUACAAAAGUUCGUCCAAAGACGUAUGGUAUGAGAGAGAACGAAUUUUCAGCGAAGUACCACAGGAGAUGCCAUUCAGGGUCGAUCUGGAAUAUGAGAUCUCUACUAGCCAUGAGAGGACCGACUCGAGUCAGAAANAAAUGCGUCUUGAUAUGGUUCGUCAGGAGAUAGCCGAUUAUCUCGAAUAUUAUACAUCCAUAGAUAUCACCGACACGGACAUGACUGGCAUGGACCAGACAGAUACCAGGGACGACGAUGUCGUCGCCGAGGCGAUGAGGUACCAGAGCCUAGGAUCCGAAAAAAGGCGAAAGAAACCCCACGAAAGCAAAAUGCUCUUCAGGGAAAGGGAGGCAUGGGUAACAGCCAGAAAUGGAAAGGUAGCGUAUUUACAUCCAUGGGGCUUCCGGAAGUUUUGGGUGGGCAAGGUUCAGCUGUGGCCAGACGUGGCUCUAAAACAACCUAACCAAAUUGCUGAGAGCUGUAAAGGCCUUCCCAGGGAAGAGAUCGCCACAUGCCUGCGCGAAAUGGGGAUAGGCCAGUAA